AUGCCCUAUCCGCGCCCGGUCUCCCCACUCUCACUCGAAACAUGCGCCUCACCGCUAUCUGAUAUUGAAACCGAUGAUCUGAUCGGUUCAGAUGAUGAGUUAAAUGAAGUUUCUCGUGCCGCAAAGCGACGACGGAUUGAGAAACUAGCGGAGUCAUAUCUUCGAGGAAAGCCGCUGUUUAUCCUCUCCGCCUCGCUGAAAGGGCCGUUGGGUGAGGGGUGGAAAAACCCAUGGAAAAAGAACAGAACGCAUGGAAAUGUCUCUCACGUCUCGGCAGAUUCUGAGGCCAAAGUACUGGAACGUGUCGUCCAAGAGACCGACGUGCGUGCUCCAAGAUAUAAGGAGGGCUUGUUGGCUGCCACUCAUCGACCCGAGAUUCCUGCUUCAUCUUUGAGAUCACUCGGUGGGACAUCAGUGCAAGCCCGCAAUCCCCCCUCAUCCUCCAGAUCGCCCCGGAGAGAGUCCAAGCCAUUCACUCCACGGCCAGCGCAUGGUGAGAAUGGAGUAGCCCGCUCUCCUAUGAAAUCGAGUAAUUUGCCAUCCUCAUCGGCAGAGAGUCGAAUAAACGCGCCCACUCGUACGUCAGAUUGGUUGAGAAAAGAUCGGACUUUCAUGAACUUCAAAAGUUUUGAGCCGCCGACUUCGCCAACAAGGUCUGUUGCAUCUCGCCAUUCGGACAAGGUUCGCCGACCUCCAACUCGCAGAGUUCAGGUGCAGGUUCCGCAAACUCCGGGAUACCAUCCUACACAAACCGCUCCAGCAAAAACCAUCAAAGCUGCCGCCGUGAACUCAAAUGGGCAGCUCUCUCCACGAUCAGCACGAUCAACACACUCUCACUCCUCAACUUCACUCAAUGUAUCGAAAGUACCAAAAUCGUUGCCAUUUCAGCAAGCUAAAUUCCCACCGGAGGCGUCUCUCCAAAUCGUCCAUUCUUCUUCCCAGUUGCCGAGGUUUGAAUACCGUCGAUGGUUUCAUGAACAGUCGAAGUCGCCUCUGCAAGAUGAGAGUAUCUUGCAAGAGGAAACAAUUUUGUAUGAUGAAACCCCUUUACGAGAGCAAAUCCAACCCGCCCCGCCCCUCGUCAGCUCUGCGAAGGAUCAGCCUGUUAGAACCUCUAUUACUGCCGUUCCUGAUCAACCACCAAACGAUCAGGCAUUGGUCGACCGUACCAAUGACCAAAUAUUGGUCUCUGCUGCACCAGAUAAUGACGAGAAAAAAGCAGCCCCUAAAGAGAAAUCGCCAAACAGAGAUGAAGAACGCAAGUCUUCGUCCAAAGAUCUCAGGUUCGCAGAUGAAGAAGAUAUCGUUAACGAAGAAGACGACGGUGCGGCGUCUCGUAGCAUGUCACCGUCCGCAGCAAGCGAACAGAUCACAACUGAGCAAAAUACAUGUGAAGAUCUUCCAUCUGCGCAAGUAGUACCAACUCCUUUCGGGAUUUCAGACCGAGUGACAUCAUUACACUCGACAGCCCUACCAAAAGGCGAUUCGGGUAUCACCUCAGAAGCGAGCCCUGACCCUCAGCUUUCCACACAGGCGGCUCUUCUCCACGCCCAAAAGUCUUUCCAAGACGAUCUGAAUAGUCCGGCUUACUAUGCUACCACGCCUGGUCAGAAUCAAGCGGUGCAUUCACCGAGUGGUGCCAGUUAUUCCGCAAAUGUCACUCCAUUCUACCGUUUCGAGGACUCGCUUCGACGUGAUGUAGAGAGGAACACAAUGUCUCAUAUUAAGGAUAAGACGAAGGCAACGAGCACGCAGUUCAUGCUUGAUGCAGCUACGCCGUUCAAUUUCAGCACUGAGCAAGCUGGCCAAGAUAUGAGCUGGGAUCCGAUCAAUAAAAACACAUCACAGGCUAUGAACACGCAGUUCAUGCUUGAUGCUGCUACACCUUUUGCUUUCAGUACGGAGAAAAAGCAGCGUGCGACCCGUCCAGAAAUGUCUAGAAGUCCAAGUCCUGAACCAAAGAAAAGGAAGACCCACGUCACGAGUCCUUCAAUCUCUCCUCAAAGCGAAUCAACAAACAUGGACAGUGAAUACCAUUCCGCCGAAUCAAGCCCAGUUAGGAAUGAGCAGAACAUGCAACCUAAAGCCCAAGAUCCAGAUCAUCUACCUUACCAAUCUACCACAGAUGCUUCCUUGCCCCUGUCAAUGAGCGAAUCUCAACCAACAAUGGGCCAGGAUGGACAAGGUGCUCAUCAAGCGGUGGAAAGCUUCAACCUUAGCCAGGCAAUCGCUGAUGCUGGGAGUUGGCUUCAGCAAAGCUUUGAUUUUAUUAAGGACACCGGGCGGCCGAGUCAGGGUCUUCAAUCGCUGCAUUAA